AUGGGGCGGGCAGGACCCCCGUCUGGCACGCACAGGGCAGGCUGGGGGCUUCGGCAUGGGGCGGGCAGGACCCCCCGUCUGGCAGCCACAGGGCAGGCUGGGGCUUUGGCUGGGGCGGCAGGACCCCGUCUGGCACACAGGGCCAGGCUGGGGCUUCGCAUGGGCGGGCAGGAUUACGCCCCGUCUGGCACCACGGCCAGGCUGGGGCUUCGGCAUGGGGCGGGCAGGACCCGCCGUCUGCACCACAGGGCCAGGCGGGGGCUUUGGCGGAUGGGCGGGCAGGACCCCCGGUUGCAAGGUGGGGGCUCGGCAUGGGGUCGAGGAGAGGCUGGGUCUGGCUUCGGCAUGGGGGCGGCGGACCCCCCGCUGCACCACAGGGCCAGGCCUGGGGCUUCGGCAUGGGGCGGGCAGGACCCCCGUCUUGGCACCACACGGCACCACAGGCUGGGGCUUCCAGGGGCCAGGCUGGGGGUUCGGCAUGGGGCGGGGGCAGGACCCCCCGUCUGGGCAGGCCCACAGGGCCAGGCUGGGGGCUUCGGCAUGGGGCGGGCAGGCCCCCGCCGCUGGCACCACAGGGCAGGGCUGGGGGCUUCGGCAUGGGCGGCGAGGACCGGUGCCCCGUCUGGACACCGGUGA